CUGUGCAUUACAUUUAUGCCAUAUGCCCUCUGAUAACCUUGUUGAAAAGACUUUAAAGGCAUGUUUGCGGACAGUUGCUGGAGAUGCACAUUAGAAAAGAUACGUUCACAGUAUGAGGUGUGGGAGUAAAGCUCUGCAUGCAUGAGUCACAGUAAACACACUCUGUUCUCACAGGAAGAGCAGACAGAAACAAUCUACUCUGCCUUCAGGCAAAGCCUAAAAUCUUACAAGAGCUUUCGAGGAAGAAUGGAGAUCUCAGAGGAACAUUACUAUGACUACUCCGAGUACGAAAACAACAGCUCCAACUUCAGCUAUGAUGAUUAUCAGACCAUCUGUGAGAAGGGUGACGUGCGAUCCUUUGCGAGAAUCUUCCUCCCAGCUGUUUUCGGGUUAUCUCUAGUGCUAGGUUUAGCAGGGAACGCUCUGGUUGUGGCGGUGUACGCAUACUGCAAGCAACUGAAAACGAUGACUGACACAUUUAUACUUCACCUGGCUGUGGCAGACCUUUUGCUGCUCCUAACGUUGCCCUUCUGGGCUGCAGAUGCCGUCCACGGCUGGAAGCUCGGGGUCACUGUCUGUAAACUCGUAUCUGCCCUGUACACCAUCAACUUCACCUGUAGCAUGAUGCUCCUUGCCCACAUCAGCAUGGAUCAGUACCUAGCUUUAAGGCCAGAAGCCAGAAACAGAGGCCUUGCCCGUGCUUUUCAAAAGAAGCAUUGUGGAAAACUCUGUUCGGUGGUCUGGACUGUUGCAUUUUUUCUUGGAGUCCCUGAUUUGGUGUUUUCAACGGUCAAGGAGCUUCCUCAUAAAAAAAGCUGCAUUGCAAUGUAUCUGUCAGACAUGGCGCUCAGGGCUAAAGCUAGUUUGGAGGUGGUGGAAGUCGUGAUAGGCUUCUUGCUACCUUUGUUAGUGAUGUUGUUCUGCUACACCUGUGUAGGCCGAACCCUAUUGAAGCUCCCUCAGGAGAGAAGGUGGAGGAAAUGGAGGUCCAUCCGUGUGCUGCUUGUGAUGGUGGGAGUCUUUGUGGUCACGCAGCUGCCAUAUAACGUGGUCAAGUUCUGCCGGGCCGUAGACAUCAUGUAUAUGUUUGUUACUCACUGUGGGGUUAGUAAAGAGCUGGACAGGGCUACUCAGAUCACAGAAAGCCUGGCAUUGACACACUGCUGUCUAAAUCCUGUUUUGUACACUUUCAUCGGUUCCUCCUUCAGACAGCACGUAUUGAAAUGUGCCAAAGGCUUUGGAGACAGGGGAAGGAGAUUAGCACACGCGAGAGAGCAACAAGAAGUAGAUAUCUCCUUGAAUUCUCAUUCACAGUCCCAGGACACCAGUACUUUUUCCAUUUGAGCAUAGUGAAGGAGAUAGUGUAGAUUUUUAACCAGCCUGUUGAGGCUUUGCACCAUCUUCCCCUUGGCACAUAUGUACACAAAGUGGCUUUGUUUUUUUAGUAAAGUUCUCUUUGAAGUAAAGGGUGAGACGCAACAUGUUGCUAGUUGCGUUUGUAUGAAAAAGAACAGAAAAAAAAAAAGGACGAUGAGUGAUACGAGACAUGAAAGUAGCGUCAGACUAGUAGCAGACUGAUGGUGCGUUCAAGUUCUCUUGGGAAGUUCAUAUUUACAAGUUGGGAAGUCGUACGACAUCAGGUGUGUUAAAGUUACUGGGCAGAGCAAGACAGCCUACCUUUCAACAAUAAAUUCAGUGAAAUUCUUAACUCUACUUAAUGAUGAAUAAAGAAUGUGCAUCACUUGUG